GUGAUUUACAGUUUUGACUUGGCUAUAACAGUGCUCAAUGUAAAUCCAGCAAAAAGAAUCUUGAGACUUCAUGUAGAGUACUGUACAACAUAUGGUGGUGGAAAUUGUUAACUCUGACUGGGGAGGAGUAAAGACAGGACCUGAGAACUUCAGAAUCUUUGACCCAAGCUUACAUUUUUCACUUCAGGGAUCCAUUUUCUUUCUCACUGUGUGUAUGUGACUGAUGGGGCGGUACAUCAGCACAAAUCUGGGCAUAAACUUUGGGCCACAGAGGUUGCAGUUACUAUGUAGGAUAAGGAACCUGCUCACUAGUAUCAGAGCUUUGUCUCACCUUGCUGGGACUCCUUGUCCCAUUAGGCCCCAUAGGUCAUACUUGAAUUGCCACUGUAAUUUUGCCUGGAGAAUUUCCCUCAGGAGGUCAAAGGAGAGACCGCUGAGAACCACAUAUACAGGUCUGAAACAUGAAGCUAAACUGUGCAAUACCCAAGCUUCUUUCAUGUAUUCCACUUCCAAAAGGGAGGCCUUUAAACCAGAGAACCAAGUUAGGGUUUACACUGACAGAAAGACUAAUUUUCAGAUGCAAAUAAGAUUCAGAGACUUUUUCAAACACUUGUCUCAACACAAUAUGUAUUUUAAGCAGAAAAAGAUUAUUUCAUCUUGUGGUUCUCAUCAGGCUGAAUUUGAGCCUGUAGUGCAGAAGCCUAUUAUUGGAGUGCAGAAACAAGCACAGGCCCAAAAUGCCUUUGAGGGUGAGCAGGCUAGAGAGCUUAAACAGGUGCAGUAUCCAUCUAUUAACCAGUCUGAGGAAUCAUCUUUGACCUCAGGAUAUCCAGGACUACAACUGUUUCAUGUGAGUUCUCUGGUGACCAGAUUUGGGGAGAGCUAUAGCUAUGUAGCCAAUCACAUAAACUCUGUGUUCUCGAAACAAGCCUGUAUGGAGCCGCCGUCAUGCGAAGACAUGCUUGGAAUAACCAGGACAAAAUCUAGAAGAGUUGACAAAAAUCAGAGUACCAGUAUCAAAGAAAGUGUGUCUCCAGAAACUGGUUCUGCUCACUUUAAUGCAGCCACAGUAGAUGGUAACAACACUGAUGUUUGUAGCUCCUUGGAGGAAGGGUAUCUUCAUUUUGCUUGUCAUAUCAACCGAUAUUUUGGUGCAAAAGUGACAGAUACUGUUAAGGAAUCACCACAUCAGCAAGACAAGGCCUCAGGGCUUACAUACUCUGUGGACCAUCAGAAAAGUUGCGCAGCAUCACAGGACAUUCUUCCCCUCCGUCCUAAAUCCCUUUUCCAUAUGAGCAACUUCACCACACGCUUUGGGGAAAACUAUGCCUAUAUGGCUACUCAUAUCAAUCGCUAUUUCAAAAGCUCUGCAGAUGAGGAAAUGGAGAGAGAUCCAUACAGUGGACAAUCUGGAAGUACUUUGGAGAAACAUGCAUCCUUUUUCGAGGGUCUUUUAAACCCCUUCGGCAUUCAAAGCCUUUUGGGGAGCUAUCUGAGAAGGGAUUCUACCAGUUCUACUACUGUAGACCCUGCCCUGGACAGAGUGGCAAGAAGAAGACAGUUGGCAGAGGACAAGACUCUGAUUUUACUGGGCAAGCUGGAGAAAGCAAGGGGAUGUUCAUCUAUUAGCUCCUGUAUAGAGGAGUUGAACACUCACCUAAUUCUCAACCCAGCAUGCAAGAGUGUUGUGUGGCAGGAAAAAUCAGCAAUGCAUAUACUGAAGCAUCGACGGCUAUUUUGGAGGGAUAAGAGACUUCAAGCUGCCAUUAGAGAAACUCUAGCCCUGAUUGGCUAUGUAGAUCCACUCAAAGGUUGGGGAAUACGAGUGCUGUCCAUCGAUGGUGGUGGCACCAGAGGGGUAGUUCCACUGCAGGUACUAAAACAGCUGGAGGCUCAGACAGGAAAACGGGUUUAUCAGCUCUUUGACUAUGUGUGUGGAGUGAGCACAGGAGCCGUAUUGGCCUUCAUGUUGACUUUGGCUCAUUUCUCGAUAGAGGAGUGUGAGGAAAUGUACAGAUGUCUUGGGUCAGAUGUUUUCAGACAGAAUCCUCUGGUAGGCACUGUGAAAAUGGGCUGGACUCACUCAUACUACAACACAGAGACAUGGGAGACGAUCCUGAAGGAGAAAAUAGGUGACCAGCUCCUUGUUAGAACAGCCAGAGAUGAGCAAAGUCCUAAGGUGUCUGCAGUGAGUGUAGUAGUGAAUUGGGGUACCAGUCCCAAACCCUUCAUCUUUAGAAACUACAAUCAUCCUCCAGGACGCCUGAGUCGUUACGCAGGUGGAUCUGGGUACCAGCUUUGGCAGGCAGUUCGAGCUUCUUCUGCUGCUCCAGGAUAUUUCCAGGAGUUUCCCCUAUAUAAUGACAUACAUCAGGAUGGAGGUAUCAUUCUGAACAAUCCUUGUGCUCUUGCUGUCCACGAAAGCCGGCUUCUCUGGCCUAAUCAGCCCUUCCAGUGUGUGCUGUCUCUUGGAACUGGUCGUUAUGACAAUGCCAUAAGGGGCCCUGCCACAUCCACUAGUCUCAGAGCCAAAAUCAGCAACUUGAUUAGCAGUGCCACAGACACUGAGGGUGUGCACACGCUGCUGGCGGAUCUCCUGGAGCCAAAUGUGUAUUUUCGCUUUAACCCAAUGUUGAGUGCUGAGGUCUCACUGGAUGAAAGCAGGCCUGGUGCUCUGAAGCAACUUCAGGUGGACACUCAGCAAUAUCUAAAGAGAAAUGAGCUUAAACUGAAACUGCUUUGCAGUGUACUGUGUGAAGAACGCACCACAUUCUGGAAAACUCGGGACUGGAUUAGUGAAAAAGCCUGGCAGCUACAGCAGCGCUGGGCAUGACUGAACAAAAGGCAUGGAUUUGAAGAACCAAUAAACUUUGCUUUGUUUACAUCUGUGCAAUAUUACAAUGAGGUGGUAUCAAUUGUAAUGCUUCUUCUGUUCUUCAGCUGAACAUGAAAUAAAUGAUUGUCAGUUAUUGUCACUGGCUCUUUGCCAAGAAGUACUACACCUCAGGCUUUUGUAGUGCUAAUCUGGGGCCAGUACUAGGAAAAAGCACUAAACAUCUACUAGAUUCGAAGGAGAGGUAGGCCUAAGGAAAAAGAACAAGUUGAACAAAUGACCAGUUUAUUGUUUCACAAUCGGUCAUGCAACAACUACAAUACGAAAC